AUGGCCACUCGUAAUGGUAGUAUUGAUAAUAGGAGGAGUGAGACACUGAGGCAGGUGGACCAAUGGAAGGGGAAAAAAGGUCACUCGAGGUCGACAACCGUUUCUCAAUAUCCUUUCUCAACUGACAAUGAACCAUUGCAAUUAGCAUGA